CGAAGUCUAUGACAACGAAUGGCUAGCGUUAACAACUAAGCAUUUAUGCGUAGUGACAGACUUCAGUCUUUUCCUGACGUGUAAGUUUGUGGCAUUUGAGAUACAUUAAGCCAAUGGGCACGACUCCACAACCAACCUAUUGAUUUUCUCUUUUUUUUCGCUUGUGUUUCCUGGCAUCUUUAAUUGCAGCAGUCAUUGCCAUAGCUUAAUGCAGCGCAUUGUAUGGCUUCUUCCAAAGUGGGACGUCCGUGCGUUUUGUUACUUCUUCAUCGGAAUGUUUUUUUUUGCGGUUCUGCGCUGAUCUCUGUCGGUGCCCGGGAGCAGAGCUCGCAUCACUGGUACGGAAUUAUUUGGAGCGAAUGCCCUCAGCUCACUUUUGGCAAAACGCGGAUCUAAAGGUGACCAUGAAACGAGAGCGAAUCAAUUUACGCGUGCCUAGAUAUCUAAUCGGACCUCUGCGUAAGUAAGAAUCGACUGAAAAGAUUUAAUUGUCCGCACGACGGAGUUAAAAUGCCACAUUUGGUGCAAUUACUUUGUGUACCCUGAUCCGCUUGUCCCGUCGCAAAUGAACAGGUUUGUGCCCUUCCCCAAGACGGACAAACGUGCAGCGCGAUAAAACGCGAUUUUAUUUUAUAGCGCAUACACGCACAUUAACAGCUGCUGGCAAGGCAGUGCGACAAAUGUUGCAAGAAUUAUCUUCUCGAAGAUGACAAAGACAUUACCUGCGCUUUUCGUAUAAUGGAAAAGGUCGUAGCGAGAAGGCUUUUCUUGUUUAAAUGGAUUUGUCUGCGCUGGGCAUGGGUUUGUUUGGCUGCUUGUGGUGGGAAGGUGGAGUUGCACACUGAGAGAAGAGGGCUGAUCUACAGCCCAUCAUGGCCUCUGAACUACCCUGCUGGGGUUAACUGCUCCUGGAAUAUCCAGGGAAACCGAGGAGAGGUCAUCACUAUAAGCUUCCACAGCUUUGACGUGGAAGAGUCAGGCGGAUGCAGGGAGGACUGGCUGCUACUGGGCCCCACCUGGAAGGAGGAGUACCGAGUGUGCGGCUCGGGCUUGCCUCCUCCCUUCAUCUCCUCCAGGGGGCGAGUGUGGCUCCACUUCCACUCACAGGCCAACAGCUCAGGGCUGGCCCAGGGUUUUCGCCUCUCCUACAUACGCAGCCGGCUGGGCCAGAGUAGCUGCGAAAGCGACGAGUAUCUGUGCGGCAAUGGCAAGUGUGUGCCGCGUUCCUGGCGCUGCAACGGCCUGGAUGAAUGCGGAGACAGCACAGACGAGAGGAGCUGUGCCCCGCCCCCGACGCCUGCCCGGGUGAGCCUGUGUCCACCAGGCACCCUGCAGUGCAGCCUGGCGCAGUCCACGCGCUGCCUGCCCUCCGCGCUGCGCUGCAAUGGCCAGCGGGACUGUCCCGAUGGCUCGGACGAGGCCCUCUGCCCGGACACGUCGUGCGGGAAGCACCUGGACAACUUCUACGGGACUUUUGCAUCGCCUGACUUCUUCCACCUGAACAGGAGUGGCGGGGUAGAUGUGUAUUGCACCUGGUUCCUGGACACUCAGGACCCGAAGCCCCUGCUGCUGCGGCUGGACCUGCAGCUGGGCGUGGGUGACUCGGUGCGCGUGUACGACGGCCUGGGCGACAGGACCGAUCGGCUGCUGCAGAGUCUGUCCCACCAUAACAACCAGCGGCGUGCUGUGCUGGAGUCCUCGCAGGGCCAGAUGAGUGUGCUGUACCACGCCAAGGCACGCAGCAGUGGGCGUGGCUUCAAUGCCUCCUACCAGGUGAAAGGUUACUGUUUCCCAGGCGAGCUCCCGUGCGGUCCGGACGAAGGCUGUUACUCCCAGCAGCAGCGUUGCGAUGGUUACUGGCAUUGCCCAGGCGGGCGGGACGAGGAGGGCUGCCCACCGUGUCCACCUGGUGAGUACCCAUGUGAGGGCAGUACAGGCGUCUGCUACCCGCUGGCCGAGCGCUGUGACAACCAGAAGAAGUGCCCGGACGGCUCGGACGAGAAGAACUGCCUUGCGUGCCAGCCGGGCAACUUCCACUGCGGCACCAACCUGUGCAUCUUUGAGACGUGGCGGUGCGACGGGCAGGAGGACUGCCUGGAUGGCAGUGACGAGCGAGACUGCCUCACCGCCGUGCCACGCAAAGUGAUCACAGCGGCGCUCAUCGGCAGCCUGGUGUGUGGCCUGCUCCUGGUCAUCGCCCUGGGAUGCGCCUUCAAGCUCUACGCCCUCCGCACCAGGGAGUACCGAGCUUUUGAAACACAAAUGACCCGGCUUGAGGCGGAGUUUGUUCAAAGGGAGGCCCCGCCUUCUUAUGGUCAGCUGAUUGCUCAGGGUCUCAUACCUCCAGUGGAGGACUUUCCUGCUUACAAUCCUAAUCAGGCAUCUGUCUUGCAGAAUCUCCGCUCAGCCAUGCGCAGACAGAUUCGGCGUCACUCUUCCCGCCGCGUGGCGUCUCGCCGCAGGCUGGGUCGUCUAUGGAGCCGUCUGUUCCACCGGGGGAGUCGCCCACGUGGUCAAAUCCCCCUCCUCACGCCACCCGGCCACGCCCACAGCCGCUCUCAUGGCCACCCUGCGGUGGGGCUCCAUGGCUACCGCACGGUGGAGGCAACUGGAGGGGUGGGACCGGAGGCGGUGGAGUCAGACCGGGUUGCGGGGCUGAGCCCCUCCCCCUGCUCCAGUGCCGCUCUGGGUCUGGCACUGCGGGCGCACGCUGAGGCGCUGUGCUUACCCGAGCCCGACUCACCACUCUCUCCACUCACGCCCACCUCACCGCGCUCCGCUUCCGACACUCUGGACGAUGACGAGGACGACAUGAACGACAGUGAGUCUGCAGAGCCGUCAGGGGGCAGUGGGAGGUGCGUUCUGGCCACUCGAAUGCGCUCACCAGGGUGUAGAGACAGGGACGACCUGCGUGGAGCUCCGGAUGGACCCUCGCACAGUGCGUACCGGCCCCACGUGUCCAGGAAGGCUGUACAGGGGUUGGCAGCAGAGCUGGGAGGGGUGGCUGUCAAACGCUACUCCAUGAUGGGCAUCUCCCCUGCCUCCUCCCCUGAGACACCCACAUCCACCAGCAGCCAGAAUGAGGAAGAAACAAUCUCGCUGACAUACAAAGAAACAGACACAUGCACAAACACACGUGCAAAUCCACCCACUGAAGCACAUUCCGACUCCCAACCCUUGGUCUCCUGUUUAGACAACCACACUAAGGAGUGGUCAGAAAGGGAUAAGUUUGAGAGGCAAAGUGGGAGCAGUGAGGAAGAGGAGGAUGAUAUUCCAUUUAUCGAUUGAGUCUCUCUUCUUCAGUCUCCCUUCAUAUGCUCUCAUCAGGAUUGCAUGGAUCACGACUCGUAUACAGCCACAGAGAGAUCAUGGCUAUGUGCAGUUCUCCCAUAACCAUAUAUGUUUUUAUGCUGUUUUUCCAGUACACACAUGACUAAUGUAUGUAAUCUUAUAACCUGGCCUCACAGUACUUUAUUUUAUUUUAGUAUUUAUAAAAAUAUACUCUCCCCAGCCACUUUAUUAGAAACACCUGCCCACACAAUGGCCAGUUUAUUAGGGGCACGAAUCUUACCGGAGCUUUUUAUAAGUGUAGUUAUGGACUGUAGGCGAUCUGAUGGUAUACAUAGUGUACAUAGUGUACCCCUAAUUCUGCCAUCAAUGGCCAACACAGCGGUGACAUUGGCUUUGUUCUGGAUGUUAAGGUGGGACAAGUACAUGCAUAGAUCAUUGUCACUCCAGUCAGCAGUGGCCCUAUGGUCACUGAAGAAGGGCUAAAGGAUGGCUAACACCAAUUGUGCUCUCGAGACCUAUAGUUGGUCUCUAGACCUAUCAAGAUGUUUCUGCUAAAGCGGUUGUGUGUGGAUGAGUGUCGGAAUGAUAACCCAGAGUUUGAGUGUAAAAAAAACCAAGAUUUAUUGGCUGUUUUAAAGUCUAUUUAGAAAAAUCCAUGUAGGCUAAUGCGAACUACAAACCAACUAGGCUAACACCAGGCUAAUGUCAUUGCUGACACUGUGCUCAGUAUGUCUUGUGAAAAUGGACUAUAUAAUGAUAUAACUCACUAUAUAUUGAUAUAACAUUUAUUUAAACUUUCAGAUGUUAGCUUCAUUGCCAGACUCUCACUCGUUAGUCUCAUGGUACCAGACAUAACGUUGUAGCCAGAGUGAACAUCUUAAGAAACACUGUUGUUAGACUUCAUAAUGUGUUGGAUUGGUUUAGAAAUUUUAAAAUCACUUUGUUCUGACCCACAUUUAAGCCAAAAUUCCUCCCUGUUGUUUCAGUUGGGAAAUAUCAGUAAUUUUCUUUUGGAUUUAAAGUAAAAUCCAAAGUUAGUAUCUCAAUGCCAAUACCAAUACUGUUGCUAAAUCUUCCUUUUUACAUACAAAGGGGGAAUCUUUGUGAUUAUGUAAACUGCGCAAUUAUUUUGAGUGUGUUUUGACCCAGAAUGUCAUUUUGAGUCUUAGCUUUCUGGUUACACCAGUAUUACCUGUUGUGCUCCAAACUGAUAACUCACACCUCUUUUUCAAGAAAAAUGGCACUUAAUUUUGCACCAAUCUCAUCGGACACGAAUCUAGCAGCACCAGAGUAGAAAACUAACCAAGGCCAGCUACUGCUGCUUCUCUGUGGUUUGUGUUUGAAAUUGGAGUGAUCUCUACUUGAGAAUUCAUUUUAGCAGCUUUUAGAGUAGCUACAUUUAGAAGUGUAAUGUACAAUGAGAAUAUUUCCUCGCUGACACAAUUAUUUACUACAUUUACUUUUUUAUUUACUUUUUCAGAAUCAGAUGUGACAUUGAUAGGCCUAUUUUUGUGAAUAUUGAUUCUCAAAAGGAAUUGUCGGGAUUUGAAGUAUCAGUACUUUGUAUCGAUAGUAGCAGGAGGUAUCCAUAUGGCAUUUAAUGAUUUCUGCUCUGUGUCAGGACUGCUUGCCGGACAUGCUUAUGCCCACAGAGCAAGUAGUGUUCAGUACAUUGCUAAAGAAAUAACUGUCAUUGAUAUAUUUGCUGAAGAAUCUAAAUGUGAGGUAGAUUUUUGAUAUGGGUGUCGUCAUGCCAUAUCAGUUCUGGCCAUCUUCUGAGUGUCAUGUGGCUUGUAGCCAUAGUGGUUGCAAACCUCUUGUAGCCAUAAUGGGCGUUUCUUAACGUAAAAAAAAGUGAAAUGAAGUCUUACUUUUGCCUUUGGUGCAUCUCAUGUUCUUACUGCUGAACAGCUGACUACCAAUAGUAACUUUUUUUAAACCAAUCAAAAAAUGGGGCCGUUUGUCCUGCCUCCAGCAACCCAAAACUACAAAUCACCAUGAAUGAAAUAUAUAUGAAUAUAUACAGUCUAUGGAAUGGAGCAAAUCACAACAGAAACAUGUCAACUAUUGCAACAAAAACCUAUUUUUGCUGUGUUGGUCUUUGUUUUUUAAUGUCUUAAAAUGUAUAUUUUUAAGAAAUUCAAAUUGACAAAUCAGCGUACAUCGCAGGAUAAAUUAACCUGACUGCCAUUUAAUUUGCCAAACAUUCAAAGGUGGUGAAAAUGCAUAUAUUGCAUAAAAAUAGUUUGCAACAUCUAGAAAAGCAUCCAAGACAUCUAUCAGGUGUCAUAGAUUAUUUUAUUUGAACUUCUGCUUUAAGAGGAGUCACCGGCUCUGCAGGCUAGGUGAAUUGCACUAUGUCUGCAGUAAAUAUUCAGUUAUAUAUUCUGUCAGUAAAGUUAAUGGCAUUAUCAGGUAGAUUCAAAUGAGAAAUGAAUCAAGGUGGUAACUUAUGUAUGAAUCCAUAUGAAUCCAUGUGUGUUAUAGACAAUUGCUAUCCAUUAUUCAGUUAUCACCUCCAAUGUGUGCUGACUGAACACAGUAAUAUUUUGAUAAGGGAUGUUGUUAUAACUUGCUGUCUUGAUCUCAGAGACAAGACAUAAAGCAUGACUCAUCUUGUUUAAAACAAGAAUACGGUUUAUCAUAGGCAGAAUGAUGCUUAAAACUGUGGCAACUCCUAAACCAAGUUUGACUGAACAUUUUAGAUAUAGAUCAUUUGUGACAAACUAUAAAACAUCAUUAUUUUUGUUUGUUUGUGUACUUCAGGAAUGUCAGAGGUUGAGGCCUUACCCAUACUGCAGGAAGCUGAGCUGUGCACUGAAGGACUUAUCUUUCAAUUAAGGCUUAACAUUUCUAAGUUGAACUAAGCUACCAUUUCUCAUCUCUGACUGUACUUUUUCAGUCUUUGGGAGAUAUCCUACUCUAUGAAUGCUGUCCCAUGAUGCUAUCAUUCACACCUUAGGAAAAUGUUUUAUAAAUGUAUUUCUCAAGUGUUUCUAAAACCAUUGGAUUCUGGAUAAGAGCUGUAUAUUUCUCAGUUCUAAAGCUUCUGUCAAGGUUGUACUAUGUGAAAUUAUAAAUAAUAAUAAGCAACAAAUUAUAUAUAAGGUUAAAAAAGUAAGCCUGUCACUAACACUAAUGGUAUUGUAUCCCCUAAUAAACCCUUCAGCUAGCAAAUGUGAUAAUGGCUUCAAACAGAAUAGAGGCCUCUUUCCCCCAUGCAUUUAGCUAUUUAUAAUGAUCACUGUUCACUAUAUCUACACAUCUGCGUAGCAUGCGUAUAUGAAAGUCAUUAGGUAAUUGUCAAGUUCUUUGUUAGCUGAAUAAGGUGUAUUAGAGCAAUACAGUGCAGGACAGAUGUGUUUCUGGAUGGAACGUGGGCAUGACUUUUCAGUGCCUGAAAGGCAGAACUGUAGUCAGUCAGUUUCCUGUUAGGGAGAUCUCAGGGAAUGUACGGUGUGAGUGUGCGUCCAUUUCGAAACUGUUCCAGGAGCAGUUCUUGGAUGAAGUGACAUGAAUGAGAUGUGCUUGCUGGCAGUCAGUCAGUUGCUGAUGUAACUUUUUCAGCUGCAGUGGGGGAGGAGGGAGAAGAAUGAACAAUGUACGGAGAAGAAUUUGAAUUUUAUAGUGAAAGAAAAGCUUUAAAUCAGAUUCGAACCAGCCACCUAUCAGCUAGUUCAUUUAAUUUCAAAAUUAAAUUGCUCCUCUCUUUCUCUCUCUCUCUCUCUCACACACACACACACACACACACACACACACACAAACAUACACUUGCUUUCUUUAAUGUACCUGUUCUGACAGUAGCUGCUGGAGUUGACUAAAUGCCAAAGGUCAAUGUGUUUCACUAAUAUAAGCUCCCCGUUCAGUAGAGUGCUGACAGAGGAUUCGGUUAUGAUGUUGACAGAGGAUUCGGUUAUGGUGGCUGUUUUCAUUGGGGUUUGUGGGGAGUGGAAUUUGUGGGGGUAGUGAUGGUUGAGGUUGUCCUGGUGAAGAAAUAUAUAUUUUUUUAUUUGGUGUUUGUGGGUAUAUCAUUGUCAUUGAAUGUGAUGUGAAUGUAUAUUGUAUGCUUCACUGGGGUCUAAUUAAGUUUGACUCUACACUAAACUCUUAGAAAAGAAAUCAGUUCAACUAUCUUGUUUCCUUGUAACCACAUGAAAACUGUUUGGAAAAAGUGCUUUGAAGAUGCAGUUUAAAUUCUGCUGUUGCAUAUUCGAUUGUGAUUGGUUGCGGGUGUGCAGUGGUUGUAAUGUGUGUUAUGUCCCACAAAAGAAGGAAUGUCACCCUUGCAUAUUGAUUUGUCAUGGUCUUUUUAGUAACAAACUAGUGAAACAACACAAGGUGCAAGAGUUAUGAAUUCAAGAAUCAAAUGUGUUCUGUCAGCAUUUUUAGAAGGAAAGGGAAGAUGUGACUGAAUUUAUGUCUGCCUAUUGCGAAUGCACACGCGUAAAUGUAAUGGAUUUACACUGCGGAUGCAGCCUAACUAUGUAGAGCUUGGAGGAAUUAAUUAACCAAGUGCUUGGCUCUGUUUUAUAGUAGGGCCACCAAUGUCUCCUGCUCACUGGUAUUUGAAUGUAAUAUUGCAGAUUGCAGGUUUCAGGCCAUGUGUCUGGGCAAACUGGAUUAUUCAUGCCCGGUGCAGGUUCAGAGCCUAAUAGCGCUCUGUUACUUCCACCUGGGUCAGUUGAAGUGCCAUUAGUGAGAUGGGAAAUGCCACUGAUGAUGGAGGUGCUGCGGCUAGAGUUGAGAAUAAGAGAGAAUCUGAAUUAAUGUGCCAUUGCAGGAAUCGUGCACUUUCAGCCAACCAAUACUGCUGCCACUGUUGUGUAAGGACUGAGUCUCUUCAUUGACUUUUCAGGAAAAAAAAAAAAAAAAAAGUCUAACAGAAUCACUGUGCUCAACCGAUUAAGGAAAUGCAGUUAAGUUUGGUUGAGAUUUCUGUUCAUUGUCUAAAUGUUGUUCUGUGGUGUUCUCAUUCUCAUUAGUCAUGUUUACUCCUGUAUUAUUCAUUUUAUAGAUCUGCCACUAUUAGCUAGUUUGCCUCUAAAGAGGUGACAAAUGUUCCUGUUCAUUUUCAUGGGUAUUACUCAGUUGAACCCUAUAUAUUUUGGUAGAUAUGUAUACAAAUCUCUUAUCUACAAAAUAAAAUAAUAAAUUGUUUUGGCAGCCAGCAGGAUCUCUGUUGUUAUGGCAACCAGCAGGAUCCAAAACCACAAAAGAGCUUGCCAAGUGCUCAGGUGGGAAAACCGUCAAGACAUUUGAAGCCAUCUAGCAAAUUAGGCUCUUGUAUUCAGGUCUCUGAAACAGUGAUUGUCUAUGUUGUAAACCUUACUGUGUCUUACUGUGCUUGAUUGGGCAGGUGGACUUUUCGUUUUCAGGUGAUAUCAUGCCUUUUGUAAUGACUAAGAAGAGAAUGCAAACAUUUAUCUGUUACUCUGACUUCGGUUCUAUUUGUAUGUUUGUGUUUAAAGGUAUAAGUUGUCAUUAAGUGUCUGAUCCUUGACAAUGUGCUGUACAUCCAGCUUAUUGUUUCUUCAAAUCAUCAAUAAAAACAAACAUUUCACUAUC